GUACCGUUGAAUAUGUUGGUGCUAGCACUAGUCAUUUUAGUCAUUUAAUUCUGGGCUGCUAAAACUAUGUCGUUUUCAAAUCACCGAUCAUUUUAGCUAAGUAUUUAAUAUUCAGUUAGCUGGCUGGUUCUGAUUUUUAACUUGGCUAACUAGAGCUGUAAUAUGUUGUGUACGUUAGCAUUUCAGGUUUAUAAUUCCUGUAUCGUUCCUAACGUCAAUUCUUUGUGUCGUUGGAUUAAAUUGUCAGACUAUGCAUUGCUGUUGAAUAGUUAACGUUAUCAGAAUUUUGGCUGGACAGCUGUCAGCUGCUUCCUAUUAACUAAUUUAGUUGCGUGGUUAACGUUAAUAUUAACAUUACAUUUGAGCUUUAUUGCGUUUGUUAGCUUGGUGCCAAUGUAUUCUUUGCCGAAAGGAGUCUGAAACCUAGCCUUCGUUUAAUAUAAUACGAUUUUCAGUUAUAUUUUUUGCAAGAGCGGGUUCUUGCGGAGUAAUUAGUUAGAUAUGUAUCAGUAGUUUAGUUUGUUGACUGAUGCAGUUCAUGUCAAAAUAUAGUUUGCUGUCAACGAACAAGUGUUUCGUUCCUUUAAACCUUUGUUAUGGUGGCUAGCUAAAUCAUGGAGGACUCACAUACACGAUACAGCAAGCGCCUGCGCACUGGAACACGCCGACGAUACCAAGAUGAUGGAAUCUCUGAUGACGAGAUUGAUGGGAAGAGAACCUUUGAUCUGGAAGAGAAACUACAGUGUGAAAGAUUCAAUUGUAACCUGGUCAAAUACAUGGAGGGAAAAGACUUCACCUUUGAAUUCAUCCAGAGAGAAGGCCUCCGAGAACCCCUGGUCUUUGUGAAGUCAGACGGUCUUGGAAUCCAAAUGCCAGAUCCAGAUUUCAGUGUGAGCGACGUGAAGCUGUUUGUAGGGAGUCGUAGAAUGAUCGAUGUGAUGGAUGUGAACACUCAAAAGGGUAUUGAGAUGUCCAUGGGCCAGUGGAGGCGCUACUACGAGACGCCGCCUUCCCAGAGGGAGAAGCUCUACAACGUCAUCAGCCUGGAGUUCAGUCACACCAAACUGGAGAACCUGGUCAAGAGACCUGCAUCGGUGGACGUGAUCGACUGGGUGGACAAUAUGUGGCCCCGCCAUCUGAAGGAAAGACAGCGGGACUCGACCAACGCCAUCAUAGACAUGCAAUAUCCCAAAGUACAGAAGUAUUGUCUAAUGAGUGUCGAAGGAUCCUUCACUGAUUUCCACAUUGAUUUUGGUGGGACCUCUGUUUGGUACCACAUCCUACGAGGAGGAAAGGUGUUCUGGUUGAUUCCACCCACGCCCCAAAACCUGGAGCUGUACGAGAACUGGGUGUUGUCAGGGAAACAAGGGGACAUCUUCCUGGGGGACAAAGCAACACAGUGCCAGCGCAUUGAGCUCAAACAGGGAUACACCUUUAUGAUACCCUCAGGAUGGAUUCAUGCCGUGUACACUCCUGUGGAUACUCUGGUGUUCGGAGGAAACUUUCUCCACAGCUUCAACAUUCCCAUGCAGCUCAACAUCUAUAAUAUUGAGGACAGGACAAGGGUGCCGGCUAAGUUCCGUUACCCUUUCUACUACGAGAUGUGUUGGUAUGUGCUGGAACGGUACCUUUACUGCUUGACCAACGUCUCACACCUCACCCCAGAGUUUCAGAAGCACUCACUCGGUAUUGGCCUGAAACGAGAAGACUUCCACGAGGAGCAGGAACAGAACGGCCACACCAAAGAGGAGACAGACAUAGAAAAGGACGAGGAAGCCGAUAUCAAAGAGGAAGAAGAAGAAGACAAAGUAGAAGAAGACAAAGUAGAAGAGGUGAAAAAAGAGGAAGAGGAGGAGGAGGAAGCAGCAGCUGCAUCUCCAGCUGGGAAGCUGGGCGUGAAGGUACACCUGACGCCGCUGGAGCUGGAGGGCCUGUGGCACCUGCUGAGGAAGCUGGAGGAACUCCCCGCCCACAAGAAGUGUGUUCCUGCCGGCAUUCGCAACGCCCACGCCCUGCUCAGCGACAUACGGAGGUUGCUGGAAGAACAUGCUGAUGAUGAACCCAGAUUGUCCUACACUGGAAAACCCAUUGUGAAGUGGCCCAGACGGCCCUCAUGGUACCGCCCCCCGACCCCUCCCCCCGCAGUGCUCUACCGCCCGCGGCCCCCCGGGACUGCGCCCAAGCUGUCGGGGCCCCGGGCCCCCAGGCGGCCUGCCGAGGCGCUGCGGCGAAGACGCGUGCGCUGCAAGCGCUGCGAGGCCUGCCUGCGGAGGGAGUGUGGCGACUGCAUAUUCUGCCGCGACAUGAAGAAGUUCGGCGGACCCGGUCGCCUCAAGCAGACCUGCCUGCGACGCCAGUGUCUCGCGCCGGGUUUGCCCAACUCGGCUGUGUGUGCCGUGUGUGGUGAGGGCAAUCCCCUAGGAGAGAAUUCCACCCCUACACUCAUGGAAUGCUCUGCCUGUGCCAAGAUCACACACCCCGAGUGUCUGAAGGAACCUAUAGAGGGUGUGAUUGACAAGGACUUACCUAGUUAUUGGAAGUGUCCCAAGUGUGUCCAGGAGAAAAAAACAGAGUCGGCUAGCAGCAGCAGUAGUGAUGACGAGGAGGAUAAAAGCACUGCUCUCGAGGGCGCCCGAGUCUCGUCGGCGCCCCCAGCUAAGCGCGCCCACAGGGAAGGCAUCGGGGUGCGCGAGGGCCGCAGAGGACGGCGCCCGCUGACCCCCUCCAGGCGCCUGCCGCCCCCGUCCCAGAGGCUGUUGCUCCAGCAACAGCAGAACAGGAAGAGGGCAGGAGCACUGGAACUACAGCUCAGGAAGCGGAUUAAAUUGGAACGAAAUAAGAUCAUACAGUCGAAGCCGUCCUCUCUUUCUCUCUCCCCUAAGCUCCUGCGCCAGCGCAGUGCAGAGAGGGGGGGCCGCGGAGCGUCCAGGGGUAGAGGGGCGUCGGCCUUGCAGAGCUCCGCCCAUCCGCCUGUGGGCCGUGGAAGGGGGCGGGGCGUCCGUUUUCGGGGAGGAGGGAGAGGCGGAGGAGGCGGGGGGAGAGGGAGCGGGGACUUGCAGCGCGGCAGAGUCGAGCGGGACGACACGGCCGACGACACCGAGGACGAGGAGGACGAAGAGGAGGAGAGGAAGGAGAACCGGCCGCAGCAGCGGGCCCGACGAGGGAAGGAGCAGUCGCAGUCCGAGGAGGAGGACAACGACGACGAGGACAGCGAAGAGGGAGAGCACAAGAACGGUGGAGGGGAGAGAACCGACGGAGAGGAAGACAAUGAGGAUGACGAGGAGGAAGACGAGACGAGCGCAGCACGGAGGCCGGAGGAGCUGGGCGAGGAGGCGCGGAAGCAGAGCUCCUGCCUGACGGUGAAGCUCCAGCAGCCGGCCCGCGGCCACCGCGACCCCAACGCCAUCGUCCCCAAGCUGGAGGCGGCCAUCACGCCGCGCUCGCCACCCACCGCCCAGCAGCGCGUCUCCCUGCUGCGGCCUCCGCUCCGCAACGGGGCCUCCCACGCCAGCACUCACCCGCCGUCGGCCACGUCGCGAGCCCCGCGCUCCGAUAAACCCUCGCUGACCAGCGCGGCCCGUAACGGGAGAGGGCUCUCCCACUCUGGCCAGGGCUCCCGAGGCCACUCACAAACCCGCAACACCUCAUCGUCCUCCUCCUCAUCGUCCUCUCCUUCGUCGCUCCAUCUCUCGGCCCGGGACGGGGUGAGCGGGCCGAGCUGUGAGAAGGAGGUGUGGGUGUCCGUGUUCCGCUACCUGAGCCAGUCCGAACUCUGUGUCUGCAUGGCCGUCUGCAAGAGUUGGUACAAGUGGGGCUGUGACAAGCGCUUGUGGACAAAGAUCGACAUGAGCCGCUGUCGCUCCAUCAGCCCUCAGGCGCUCUCGGGCAUCAUUAAACGCCAGCCCGUCACCCUGGACCUCUCCUGGACCGCCAUCUCAAAGAAGCAGCUCACCUGGCUCAUUAACAGACUACCAGGAUUAAAAGACCUGGUAUUAUCGGGGUGCUCUUCGAUGUGCCUCUCUGCCCUGAGCUCCUCCACCUGUCCUCUACUGCGCUCCCUGGACCUGCGUUGGGCUGAUGGGGUCAAAGAUGCCCAGAUCAGAGAGCUACUGAGUCCUCCAGGCUCCAACAACCGUUCGCAGCUGCGGAACCUCCACUGCCUGCGCCUCUGUGGACUGGAGAUCAGCGAGACCACGCUGCGGCUCAUCAUCCGCCACAUGCCGCUGCUGACGCGCCUGGAGCUCUCCCACAGCCCCCUCACCGACCAGGCCCUCAACCUGCUCACCGCCGUCGGGUCGUCCACUCGCAACACACUCACACACCUCAACCUCGCCGGAUGCAGUAAGCUGUCGGAUCGGUGUCUGGCGUACCUGAAGCGGCUGUCGUGUUUGCGCCUGCUGGACCUACGCAGCUGCAAGGGAGUGUCGCGUCAGGCCUGCGAGACCUUUAUCUCCGAACUGUCUGUCACUGCGCUCUACUGCCUAUCAGAUGACAAGCUCAUCCAGAGGAUAUCAUGAAGCCCCCUCACAUUUGGGGGGAUAGACUGCAGGGGCUUGGGCAGGGUGUUGGGAAAAGUAUGGGAUGGAUAGUGUGUGUGUGUGUGUGUGUGUGUGUGUGUGUGCGUGUGUGUGUGCGCGCGCACGUUUGUUAAAGUCUGUCAGUUUGUCUGUCUGUUGUUUCCUCUUUAUGACCGAGGAAAGCUAAAGCUGAGGAAGAGAAGGGAGGCUCAAAGCAUUUUGGGGUGGGGUGGGGUAGACACUUCCAGGGGUUGGGCUGUGGUUGGGUUGGAGAGGGAUCGAGGGAGGGAGGGAGGGAGGGAUGUGGUGCUGUACAAUAUAACAAACUAAACUAAAGACUCAGGAGAGAUGGAGCGAGGUAGCAUGGAUGGAUGGAUGGAUGGAUGGAUGAAAAAGUAAACUUAUGACGGGUGGAAUGGAGGCAUGUGUACGUGUCGGGGGGUAUGACCCGAGUCUUAAGUGCUUUAAUACGUGGCUGUCUAUCAGGGAGAGAGAGGCGUGUCAUACACCCAUGGCAACACAUCACGCUCCCACUCAAUGAUGGGGAGGAGGGAGUAUGGAUGGUGCGAUAGCCAAUCGAGAGGAAUCUACUGACCAGUGGUUCCUUUGAGGGGCAGAGACCAUAACAGGAACCUAGGUGCUAUCCCUUUGCGAUCCCCUUUUUUCUAUAGAGAACCACAGGGUCCCUGUCCAUGUUCUAUAGUCCUCACUCCUAAUAGUAAUGUCAUUGUUUUCAGUUUUCCCAUUUCUCUUUUUUUUUCUGAGGAUGUUUCAUUUCACUCCCAGUAUUUUUUUUUUGUUCACUGUUUUCAUGAGUCCCCUGAUUUAUAUAUAUAUUAUACAUAAAUAAGGAAUGCUUUUGGUUCCAAAUCCAUCCUUGCUCCACUUCAAUAUCUUUAAAAAAAAAGGAUAUAAAUAUAUAUAAAUAUAUA